GAGUAUAAGGACUUUGGAGACAUCUUUAGUCAAGAGAGAAUAGAUACGUUACCGGAACAUACAAAGUAUGAUCAUAGAAUUGAUUUAAUUCCCGGGAGUACGCCUCCAUUUGGGCCUAUCUAUCCGAUAUCAGAGAAGGAGCGAAAAGCGCUCCGUGAGUUCAUA